UUAUCCUUUUGUUAGCUGAUAUGCUUCAUUUGUUGGCUAAUAUGUUUCUUCUGUUGCCUGAUAAGAACUUUUUAUUGGCUAAUAUAUUCCUCUUGUUGACUGAUAUGUAUCUAUUGUUGGCUGAUACAUUUUUAUUUAUGCCUGGUAUAUCUUUAAUAUUGACUGAAAUCAGACAUCAAUUGGCUGAUAUGUUCAUUUUAAUGGCUGAUAUGUGUCUUUUGUUGGCUAACAUGAUUAACAACAUACAUGUAUACUUUCAUUUCCUUCUUUCUCUUCUCUUUCCCCAUCUUCCUCUCUUUCUUUCUCUUCUUUCAAAUGAACCAGGUUCAUUUCAUUUGCUCAUCUACUUUCUUCUCCAACUUCUCAAAUCAGGCACAAAUCCCAAGCCACCCCACCCCACCGCACCCACCAACCACCGAACCUUCCACUCUUUCUUUCUCAAAUCAGCCCCAAACCCCACGCGACCCCAUUGAACCCACCGUACCCACCAACCACUGAACACACCCACCCACCCACCGCAAAUCACCAACCACCAAGUCGCUGCCGUUCAAGCCUAUGCGAAUCGAAACCCUUAUCUUUCGUUUUUUGGGGAUUUAUUUGUUUUAAUUUGUGAUUUGUUUUGAUUUUGGGAAUUUCGUUUUUUGUUAGUAUUAUUUGGGUAUUUUGGGGAUGUAGAUCUGGAUUGUGGUUCCAUGUGUUAGAUUUUUUAGGUGUUGGAAGGCUGUCACUGUGGCUAACGUUGCCGCUGUCGCUGUCGCUGCCUUCUCCGCCGCACGAACUAUUGGGUGCAGAUUGCCGCACCCAAUAGUUUGUGUUUAAUUAAAUAGAAGACAAUAAACUUUGCUAGUUUCGAAAGAUAUCAUUUUUUCUAGAUAGAACACUUCUAUUUUUACAUUUGUCAAUGCAUUAUUUCAAUUAUUAAUAUCUUUACUUAUUCAUGAGUAAAAAAACUAAACAUAUACGAGUAAAAAGUUAAUAUUUUGAAAAUUUUCACCGAAUUUUUUUUGACAAGAUUUCACAUUUUCAAAUACUUUCAUUUAAAGAGGUCAAUGUUCAACCACAUUAGACUAACUAGAAUUGUAAAAAACUAACCCGACCAACUCAACCCAAAAAUAAUCAAAUUCAAGUUUCGACUCGUAUAGAUAUAAUAAUUUAGGAAAAACGCAAAUUUAUAAUAAACAAACCCGAUCCGACCCACGUCACCGAACCGGACACAUGCACCCGAAUUGAUGACCGAACUCACAUUACAAAAAUGUUAAAAUAACCGGCCAUGUUAGGCCCAAUAGAUAGACACAUUUAUCUUUCUCCAUUUUUAUUUUUUGGAGUACAGAUUCAGAAACCCAUCUUCUUCAGUAUUGUGUCACCUCCAUUAAUGGCUUCCUUCAGCUCUUUAAAAUCUGCGAUUUUCGACAGAGAAGAAAGAAAACAACAUUAUCAAGCUCAUAUCAGAGGCCUCAACGCCUACGAUAAACACAAGAAAUUCUUAAACGACUAUGUCAAGUAUUAUGGGAAAGAUAGACCUGCAGAGCAGAAGAUACCUAUUAAAACUGAUAAAGAUGCCCUGAGAGAGGGAUAUCGGUUUAUACGCGCUGAAGAAGAUGACAUGGACACAGCUUGGGAGCAAAGGCUGGUCAAGCGUUACUAUGAUAAGCUUUUUAAAGAAUAUUGCAUAGCUGAUAUGUCAAAAUAUAAGAGUGGCAAGAUUGGCUUGAGGUGGAGAACAGAAAAGGAAGUCAUAUCUGGAAAAGGGCAGUUCAUAUGUGGAAACAAGCAUUGUGAUGAAAGAAAUGGGUUAGCUAGCUUUGAGGUGAAUUUUUCUUAUUUUGAGGCAGGAGAAAGCAAGCAAGCUCUUGUCAAACUGGUAACAUGUGAGAGGUGUGCAGAAAAGCUCCACUAUAGAAGAAAUAGAGAAAGGGAGCAAUUAGAAAGACAACAGAGAGAAGAUAGUAAAAGAAACAGGAAAGCACCUAGCAGUGAUGAAGAGGUGGAUGAGGAAGAUAACAUUGACCAAAGCAGAACAAAGUCAGAACCUAGAGAUAAAGAAAGCGCCAAGAGACGAAGGAAAGCACCUAGAAGUGAUGAAGAGGUGGAUGAGGAAGAUGACAUAGACCAAAGCAGAACAAAGUCAAAAUCUAGAGAUAAAGAAAACUUCAAGAGACAAAGGGAAAGAUCUAUCAGUGGUGACUCUACUGACGAAGAGGUUGAGAGGAGCAAAGAUGGAAAAAGAAAAGGAAAAAAGGCCUUAGUUUUGGGGGCAAAUCAUGAAGAAGAUGAAAACUUUGAUGAGUUUAUGGAGGGAAUGUUCCCGUGAUGUACCUGCUGUGUCUUUGAAAUUUACUAUUGUAAAAUGUAAAUAUUAUAAGGUGUACUGUAUUAUGUUCUGAUUUGUAUCAUAAGGCGUGGACAAUUUCUAUUGUACAACCAUGUACCAUGGUGGUUGUGUGUCUGCACAUCAUGAUUGAAAUCCAAUUGUCUCGGAGAUUAGAUGCAGUACAUUGAGGGCUAAUUAUGUUUUAUGUAGCUAUUCCCUUUUAGGCGUAAACCGAUGCUUACUUAAGUGCAAUUAAGGAAUGCUUAUGAAUGAGUGCUUAAGUGCAAUUAAGGAAUGCUUAUGAAUGAAUAAUGGUUA